AGGAGGGGGGGAAGGGCCAUUUUGUCGCUCUCCCGGCCCUGGGCUUCUUUUCUCCAGUUUGGCAGACAGAGGAGGAACGUUUGCGUCUCAAGAGGAGAGAUUUCCCCCAAAAUUACAAUCCGAUUUGCAGAAGGGGGUGUGGAUCCCCGCAAACCCCCUUUCUGCCCCGGCUUUGGCUGCUUUGGGGGCCCCUAGAAAGGAUCCGGGAUCAGGAAGGACACACUGAGCUCCCCAGGAUCCAAAAUGCACAGGACCACCAGGAUAAAAAUCACAGAGCUCAACCCGCACUUGAUGUGCGCCCUGUGUGGAGGCUACUUCAUAGAUGCCACAACCAUUGUGGAAUGCUUACACUCUUUCUGCAAAACCUGCAUUGUCCGCUACCUGGAAACCAACAAAUAUUGCCCGAUGUGUGACGUUCAAGUGCAUAAAACACGGCCUCUUCUCAGUAUCAGAUCAGAUAAAACCCUACAAGAUAUAGUGUACAAACUGGUUCCAGGACUAUUCAAAGAUGAAAUGAAGAGGCGGCGUGAUUUCUAUGCAGCAUAUCCUCUGGCUGAUGUGCCUAAUGGAUCCAACGAAGACCGGGGAGAAGUUUCAGAACAAGAGAAAGGGAACCUAUCGGAUGAUGAAAUCGUCAGUUUAUCCAUAGAGUUCUAUGAAGGAAUCAGAGAAGAAAACAAAGGAACAGUUGAAAAUGGAAACCUGGACAAAGAUAAAAAAAACAGCAUGAGGUUCCUCCGUUGUCCUGCCGCCAUGACCAUCAUGCACCUGGCCAAGUUUCUCCGCAACAAGAUGGAUGUGCCCAGCAAAUACAAAGUUGAAGUUCUCUAUGAAGAUGAGCCUCUGAAAGAAUAUUAUACACUCAUGGACAUUACUUACAUCUAUCCUUGGCGAAGGGUGAGUGACGAGGGAAAUCCUCUUAUUAAAGAAGUACAUCUUUCGGAAAUACUCAAGAAUGGUCCUCUUCCUUUGAAGUACCGGGUCCAGCCAGCCUGCAAGAGGUUAAAGCUGUCCUCCCAGCCUCCCAACUCAGAAUGCACCAACACCAGUGGUGCGUCGGAGUGUGAAUCUGUCAGCGACAAGGCUAAUAGCCCCGCCACCUUGCCGGCCACCACUUCCUCAUCCUUGCCCAGCCCGGCCACACCUUCGCAUGGCUCCCCGAGCUCCAACACCACCACUGUGAGCAUUCCUGCCAACGCUUCCUCCGGCGCCAUGCUCAAUGGCUCCUCCUCGAACUGCCACCAGAUGCAGCCCUUGGCUGGCAGGGGACGCAAAACCAUGGUGAACGGCGGUCCAGCGAUGUCGGCGUUGACUUAAAAAGGAAAGAAUGGCUCGUUUCCAUCCCCCUUGUUGCCGGAUCCUGAGUUUUAUAAAUAAGUAUAUUAUGUGUAGAUAGGGGCAGUGGUGGGUGGGUUGGGGAAAUUAUACAUACUUAUUUUCUAUUGAUUGAUUUGAC